AUGGCAUAUGGGAGCAAUGACAAGCGUGGCACAACCAACAACAGAAACUCUACCCAAGACGACACCCACGCAGAGAAUAACCACCACAUCAUCAAUGUCUCCGCCCCUUCUGUUACCGCCACCAUCUCCCUCCCCAACAAUCCACGCCCCACUCCAAAUCACUUCCCCCGCUUCUCUGGAACUGUUCAGUCCUUCAACAACUGCGGCGGCGGAUUACAAGAUUUCACCCACGCCGAGAUCAAGACUCCUGCAGCUGGAGAUUCCUUCAACAACCUCGGAUCAGGCUCCCAAACUUUCACGGGUGCUAAGAUUCACUCUGCUGACAAAUCUAGCCAACUGAGUAAAUCUGUUUUUCCCUGGAAACGAGACCAUGUGGCCAACCACGGAACCCUCCACUCCUUCAACAAUAAAGGAAAAGGAUCCCAGAGUUUCGACGGCUUCAAGCUCAACUGA